CUUUCUCCUUUCACUACAGCUUCCUCUUCGUUCUUUCGUUCUUCUGCAAAUCCAAAAAAAUGGAGUCGUCAUCAUCAGUAAAACCCAAUCCUUUCCUCUCCUUCCUUCACCACCACUGUACUCGCUUCGCCUCCGACCUCUCCUCCCGUUUCGAAGACACCAAACGUCUCGCCGAAUCCUUAACCAACCGACGUUUCUCUCCGUCUCCGUUCGCCUCAGUCUCGCAAUCCCCCAAGCCUUCCUCUGGAGCCUCUACGACUACUUUGAAUCCGUCCCACGUCGCUAAAGCUCUAGCUGGGACCUCGGUGUUUACGGUUAGCAAUACCAAUAACGAGUUUGUACUUAUCUCGGAUCCUACCGGAGACAAGUCUAUCGGGUUGCUCUGUUUCCGUCAAGAGGAUGCUGAAGCUUUUCUUGCUCAGGCGCGUCUACGGAGGAGAGAAUUGAAGACGAAUGCUAAGGUUGUUCCCAUUAAUCUAGACCAGGUGUACUUGUUAAAAGUUGAGGGGAUUUCAUUUCGCUUCUUGCCAGAUCCAAUCCAAAUAAAGAAUGCAUUGGAGCUCAAGUCCUCAAGUAGUAAGAAUGGGUUUGAUGGAGUUCCAGUAUUCCAGUCUGAGCUUCUUGUUGUGAGGAAGAAAAAUAAACGUUACUGCCCUAUAUAUUUCAGUAAGGAAGAUAUAGAGAGGGAACUUUCAAAGUAUACAAGAGCAUCAAGAGGAGAACAACAAAUUAUGGUUGGGAGCUUGGAAGAUGUGUUGAGGAAAAUGGAGAGGAGCGAGAAGAAUUCAGGUUGGGAAGAUAUGAUAUUCAUUCCACCAGGAAGAAGUUAUGCACAACACAUGCAGGAGGUGGUCAAAGAGAUAAAAUGAUGAUGAGAAACAGAGAGUGUGUGUAUUUUUCAUUUGACAAAACAGUUUCUCUUGAGAUUUUGCAAUAAAAUAAUUUGAUUAUAGAACU